AGUUGAAAAUUGUACGGAAUCUGAAAAUAAAGCGUUAUUAGCCCGAAUAAAACCAUGUUCGAAAACAAUUUCAAAAUGUUUUGUUGGCUUUUGAUUUUCGGCUUUGCCUCUCUUGCCAUUGGUAGUGAUCACGGAGACAAGAUAUUCGAAGAUGGUGAAUCAAAAGAAGAAUGCAUGAAAGAGCUUAACAUCACCGCUGAACAGAUCGAGGAAAUGGAAGAUGCCGAUGCACCCAUUGAUAAAUACAACUGUUUCGUUGGAUGUUAUUUGCUUCGAGAUGAGUGGAUCACCGAAAAUGGUCAGUUGAACAAAACCAAGGCGGCCGAAGAAAUCGCUAGCGAAGACGAUAACGACGUCAAACUGAAAUUGCAACGGUUCUUCCAUGAUUUUGAUGAAGAUUUGAAAGCUAAAGCAACUGACACAUGCUCAGCCGGUAAGGUGGCUCAGAAGCAAUUCUACACAGAGGAUAACGACGAAGAGAACUGAUAGAGUUGAAUUGUUUCGGGAAAAGUGGCCAAAUGAAUUGAAUGAUAUUGAAAAUUAUGUCCAUAUAAAAUGAAAUAAAAUACUUUUUUUGUUUGUGAGAAGCAGAAA